UUGUAGCAGUUAAGGUGAAUUACAGCAGCACCUAGCUAACCAAGCUAGCUAGUCGUCUCGUCCAAAUAUUGUCACGUCCGGUUCCUGCUUGCAAAAAAUCAACAUGGCAACGGCCAAAUGGCCAAAUUCGAGGCUUCCAAACGGCAGUCCAGAAACCAAUGGGUGACGUCACGAUAACCAGGUCCACUUCUUUUGGGAAGUCCUACGUGUUUGACCAGGUGUUCCCCACUAACGCCACCCAGGAACAGGUCUACAACACCUGCGCCAAGCAGAUUGUCAAAGAUGUACUGGCUGGAUACAAUGGGACUAUCUUUGCUUAUGGGCAGACCUCCUCUGGAAAAACACACACCAUGGAGGGAAACCUUCAUGAUCCAGAGGGAAUGGGAAUCAUCCCCCGGAUCUCAGAGGACAUUUUCGAACAUAUAUUUGCCAUGGAUGAGAACCUAGAAUUCCACAUAAAGGUCUCCUACUUUGAGAUCUACAUGGACAAAAUCCGUGACCUGCUGGAUGUGACAAAAACCAACCUGUCAGUUCAUGAAGACAAACACAGAGUUCCUUAUGUGAAGGGCUGCACGGAGCGAUUUGUCACAAGCCCAGAGGAAGUGAUGGAUGUGAUAGAUGAAGGGAAGGCUAACCGUCAUGUUGCUGUCACCAACAUGAAUGAACACAGUUCCCGCAGUCAUAGCAUCUUCCUGAUAAACAUCAAACAAGAACACGUGGAGACAGAGCAGAAGCUGUGUGGGAAGCUGUACCUGGUCGACCUAGCUGGUAGUGAAAAGGUCAGUAAGACAGGUGCUGAGGGAGCAGUGCUGGAUGAGGCCAAGAACAUCAACAAGUCUCUGUCGGCCCUGGGGAACGUCAUUUCAGCCUUGGCUGAGGGAACGAAAUCCCAUGUGCCGUACCGUGACAGCAAAAUGACUCGCAUCUUACAGGACUCGCUGGGCGGGAACUGUCGCACCACCAUGUUUAUCUGUUGCUCUCCCUCCAGCUACAAUGAUGCAGAGACCAAAUCCACCUUGAUGUUUGGCCAACGAGCCAAGACUAUUAGAAAUACUGUAUCAGUGAACCUUGAGCUCACAGCAGAGCAGUGGAAGAAGAAGUACGAAAAGGAAAAAGAGAAGAACAGGUCAAUGAAGGAGACUCUUCAAAGACUGGAGGCUGAGCUGAACAUCUGGAGGAACGGUGAGGAUGUUGUUGUGUUAGAGCAUCUGAGCCCGGAAUCUGAAGACAUUCCCCUGGUGCCUCCCAAAACUGAGGAGCCACAUCCCGACAUCUGCAGCCCCUGCAGCCCUUGCUCAGUUGCCUCCUCCAUUGUGGUUCAUAUAUCUGAGGAGGAGCGGCAGAAGUAUGAGGAGGAGAUACGCAAGCUUUACAAACAGCUGGAUGAUAAGGAUGAUGAGAUCAACCACCAGAGCCAGAUGGUUGAGAAACUGAAGGAGCAGAUGCUCGACCAGGAGGAGCUUCUCGCAUCAUCCAGAGGUGACAGCGAGAAGGUGCAGUCGGAGCUCGGCAGACUGCAGACAGAGAAUGAAUCUGCUAAGGCUGAGGUGAAGGAAGUCCUCCAGGCCCUGGAGGAGCUGGCAGUCAACUACGACCAGAAGAGCCUGGAGGUUGAAGAGAAGAGUGAGCAGAACAAGCUCUUGGCUGAAGAGCUUGCAAAGAAAAUGGCUCACCUCAUGGCUUUAGAGGCGGAGCUGUCCCGUAUCCAGCAAGUGAGCACCCACCAAAGGAAACGGAUCGCUGAGAUUCUCAACGGGCUGAUGAGGGACCUGAGUGAGUUCAGCACCAUCGUUGGUAACAGAGACAUCAAGCUGCCCAUGGAGAUCACUGGUGUGAUCGAGGAGGAGUUCACAGUGGCUCGCCUUUACAUCAGUAAGAUAAAGUCAGAGGUGAAGUCCAUGGUGAAGCGUUGCCGCCACCUGGAGAAUCUUCAGAUGGAGUGUCACCGCAAGAUGGAGGAGACGGGCAGAGAACUGUCCUCAUGUCACCUCCUCGUUUCACAGCAUGAGGCAAAGAUCCGCUCUCUAACAGAGUACAUGCAGAAUGUGGAGCGGAAGAAGAGACACCUGGAGGACGGCUAUGACUCUUUGAGCGAGGAGCUAGCUAAAUUCCAAGCUCAAGAGAGCAUGUCACAGGUGACCAGGGGGCAGAAUCACACUUCUGUCCAGGAUUCCAGUGAUAUUAAGAGGGCUCUGGAGCUGCAGAUGGAGUCACACCGUGAGGCGCACAGCAAACAGCUUGGCCACCUGCGAGACGAGAUCAAUGAGAAGCAGAAGAUCAUCGACGACUUAACUGAUUAUAACCAGAAGCAGCAGCUGGAGUUGGAGCAACUGCACUGUGACUUUGAACGUCUCAGGAGCCAAGAGCAUCACAAGAGCCGGCAGCUGGAGGAACUGACAUUUCUCCAUGAGCGACAUGAGCAGUCAAAGCAGGACCUCAAAGGGCUGGAAGAGACUGUUGCACGUGAGCUCCACACCCUGCACAACCUCCGCAAGCUUUUUGUUCAAGACCUCACGACUCGAGUUAGAAAAAGUGCAGGGAUGGAGCCUGAUGAUAGUGGGGGAUAUAUCACCCAGAAACAGAAGAUUUCCUUUCUUGAAAACAACCUGGACCAGCUUACGAAAGUUCACAAACAGCUGGUACGUGACAAUGCAGAUCUUCGCUGUGAGCUUCCAAAACUGGAGAAACGUCUUCGGUCUACAGCUGAGCGAGUUAAGGCGCUGGAGGGUGCGCUGAAGGAGGCGAAGGAAGGAGCCAUGAAGGACCGCCACCGGUACCAGCAGGAGGUGGAGCGCAUCAAAGAUGUGAUGAGGGCUCGCAAUCCCUUCCGCCGGCCCCACGCUGCGCAGAUAGCCAAGCCUGUGCGCCCUGGCCACUACCCAGCAUGCUCUCCUACCAACCCCUUCUUCAUCCGAGGCUACAGCGAUAACCCCAUGGCCUUCUGCAAAGCUGGUUUCCACAACAGCAACAACCAAGAAGCAGCCACUCCUGCCACUCCUGCAACACCAGAGAGUGAGCCCACUUUACCCGAGACCAACUCCAAUCAGAACAGCCCCGUUAAACACAUCAACUCCCAAAACAAUGAUUCACUCGACAACGACGCUCAGGACCACAUGCUUCCAGCUGAACCACAGCGGCAAACAGACAAGAACACCGCAGAGAUGCUUGAUUCAGAAAAUGGAAACACUACAGAUAUCAAUGACAACAGAACUGACAUAUGUGACAAUCAGGAUCCAGCCAAACUCUACAGCCUGCAGCCAGAGACUUCAGCCAGCUAAUAGUCCUGAGCAGUCUGCUGUUCAUCAAUGAAAUCUACAAAGAAACUAUUCUGACUAUUCUUCUGACAUGCACUAUGGUUGUUGCGUUCGGGUGAUUGAGUGUAGAUUAUUUUCCCUGUCUUAUCUGUUUGUAUUAUAGUAAUUGUAACCAAUUAGAAAAUAUUAUGGAAAGUUAAUAAAAUGUGAUGAUGUAGCCUAAAUAUGCAGAAGUACAACUAUGACAAGAAUGGUUGGGUGAUUUAAAAAAACAGGUGUCUGUUUGUACAUUUGUGCGUUGGUUGUUUUGUUUAUGGUGUGUGAUUUAGUGCAUGCACUACUUUCUGCUGUAGCUGAGCUGAGAAACAUUACUGUUAUCUCAUGAAAGCCACUUCAAUAAAGAUGAUCCUGUGUACAUAUCAUUAUUACACUGUCUGUUGUUACUCUGCUACUCUAAUUAUGUGAGAUUUUUACCCUCAAGCACUUU